UCACCUCCAUUACCCAGAUUACUGGAAACAGGAGCCCUCUUCAUAAUGAACAACAUCGGAAGACGUAAGACAUCUUUUGAACCUGAACAGCAAAACCCCCAAUAUAUCUGUUGGAUAAAGCCUUAAUUGUGAAUAUAGGCAAAUAGUUAAAUGGCUAAGUAAUUGGCCAAAAACCUUCGUUUCGGGAUGUCCCUUGUAAUAGUGUGAAAUAAUAUUUCAGAAGAUUUAAAAAGUCGAAUUACGUCUGACUAGGAAAGGCUUGAUUUUCAUAUUGAGGAAGAUUUUUUUUAACUCAAGUAAAUACUAUAACUUAACAUGGAAGGAGCACUGACCAAUCACAACAGUUUCUAGGAGACGUGUCUAUUUUACACAUCUCUGAAAUAGCGAUUGCAAUCUUGUCUGUUUGCAAUUCAUGGCUAAUAUAAUUAUGCCACUAUAGAAAGAAAUCAAUUCUGACAUCAAAAUUUGAUAACCCAUGGUUUUGUUAACAACGGUUAUGUGAUAGUACCUUUUAUUUACUAGAGCGUCUCUGCAAUGACAUACACGUCAGCUGUAAACAAACCUCGUGAGAGGCCACCUUGUAUCGAGUCGGAACCUCUCCCGAUCUCUUUCCAUAGAAUGUGAUUCGACUCAUCAAUGACGUCAUCGUCCAUGUGCACCAAUGAGAACGCGCAACACGAUUUUCAAUGUGGAGAGAGUUAUGACGCAAGGUCGCCCUAGAGUUGUCAAGACUUGUUCGUCCAACGUCUCCUUGUUCAAUGAAAUUGAAUAAUUUUGUUGUGAUGAAUUUGCCAAGACGAUGGAUCAACGGCGACUUUACGUGAUAAAGUUGAUUGUGGCUCUGCUCUUCGUGCUCUUCAUGUUGCUCUUCAGUGAUGUAAGGGCUCAUAGUAAUGAUGACACCAGAGACCCCAGGCGAGACCAUAAAGUCAUCCUCGAUAUUGCCGACGAAAUAGAGGGUGAGGAGGAGGAGGAGGAGGUCUCGCAAAUAGACACUGAAACAGACCAUAUGGAUAUACUGAGACAGGUGUCAAGUGACAGCAGGGGGAGCGCAGACGGUGACGAUUUUUAUGAAGGUGACGAACUGUCAAGUGACCAUUCUCAGUUCGGGGAGGAAUUGUAUGUCGAAGAUUAUGAUGACAGUUUGGAGCCAGUGUAUGCCGGUCCAGAGGACUAUGACGAAUCCUACAGGACAAGGCCCGGCUCUAGUCCUGAGUAUGGUGAACUCCCCCAUUGCAAGCAAGAGGAAAGUGGCAAUGGUCAGCCCAGAUCGGCUGUUGUGAUUAGUACACUUGAUGGACGAGUAACCAGUUUAGAUGCAUCAACUGGUGCUGUCUUGUGGUCACAUUUGACUGGUGGUAAAAAUAAUGAAAUGCUUUCCUCAUCGAUGUCAAAGUUAGAGGUGACCUCUCGUGGAGAGUGGGUGCGUUUGAUCCCUUCUCUGGAUGGUGGGAUAUACCGCUGUGAUGGUGAUGUGGUAGAGGCUUUACCAGUUACUGCUGAAACACUCUUGCAUUCUUCUUUCAAAUUUAACUCGGAUACUAUAUUUACAGGUGGGAAAUCAACUGAAGUCUGGGGUAUGGCACUAGACACAGGAAAGCUGAUGUAUGUAUGCAAUUCAUCUGGUUGCAAACGUCAGCGUACAGCUUCAAAACCAUCUCAGUUACUAGUUGUAAAACGUACUACCCAGACAGUGCGAGCUGUUGAUCCAAAGUCUGGUGAUGAAAGAUGGAACUUCAGUGUUGGUCAGCAUGAAAUUAAUGUGGCUGGGGGAGGCUGUGAUUGGGUAGAUUCAUCAGAUGUUGAAGUGGAGGAAUUGCCAACUUUGCACUUCAUAAUACCCGAAGGAAUUGUCAUGGGGAUGGAUAGGGCAAAUCAGCUUGUCUGGCAGCAGAAGCUGACAUCUCCAGUGGUUAAUGCUUGGAAGGUGGUCAAUGGAGAACUGGAGCAGAUUGACUUGUUUAGCACUAAUAGUGUUCCAGCUUUGACACCAGACAAUGGUUUGCCAGAUUCACACUACAGACCCCAGGGAGCAGAUGACCAUAAGCAACCAGCUUUAUAUGUUGGUGUUCAUCAGAAACAGUUGUACAUUCAACAGAGUGGAGGAAUGCGCCAUAGAGUAAACACUGCUUUUAGAGUUUUUUCGUCUGGUAUGCCAGAUGAAGAAGGAGGGGCUAAUGAAGUAUCAUUUCCUAGAGUUCAGUGGCGUCCUUACCUAGCCACUGCGCUAUCAAGGACACCAGUUGUAAAUUUUAAUGAAAGAAAACAUCCUUUGCUUGGGGACUCAGAAGCUGGCGAGGAAAUAACAGCAGUUGCCAUUCCACAGCAGAUCGAUUAUCCAUAUGAUAAUGGGUAUUACUUAUUUGCUGAUGAAAACACUGGGCAAUUAAAUUUUAGUGGACCUUGGGAAGUUCCAGUUUUAGAAGAGGAAACACUUAUGGAUGAAGUUACUUCAUAUGUUUUUCGGAUUUGUUUCCAAAUUGGACCAGACAACUGGUUAAAACUGGCUUGUGGAAUUGUAUUUUAUGCUGCAAUACACUAUCUAGCAAUGCGGUGGGUCAUGCAGCAUAUGAGGCGAAGGAUUGCCAACCAGACUCUGAGAUUUAUCACCAUGAUGUUACAUCACAUUAUCCUUAAUAAUCCUCAUAUUAUUGCAAUAAUCCAGAGGAUGGGUGUUCAACUACCUCAGCUUGAACCUCCUCAUCCAGCACAACAAGAAAACAUGAGGCAACCUUUACCUGGUGGUGCCACCGAGGAGCAGCAAAAGAAUGAUGUUACACUUCAAUUCACCUCUAGAUAUUUAACCGAUUUUAAGCCUAUGAGGUGCCUUGGCCGAGGGGGAUUUGGUGUUGUGUUUCAAGUGUAUAACAACCUUGAUGAAAAUGAGUAUGCUGUUAAGAGAAUAACUCUCCCCUCCAAGGAAGAAUCUGCAGAAAGGGUUAAGCGUGAAGUUCGAGCACUUGCCAAACUCAAUCACACAAAUAUUGUGCGAUAUUAUAAUAGCUGGUUAGAGUCACCACCUGUUGGUUGGCACAGUGAAGAGGACAAUCUCUGGAAGAACAGCGAUACAUUCUCAAAUUCUGUGUUUUCUCCAUAUGAGGAGACUCAGGAUAAGAAUUACAACAAAGCUACAACAGUUGAUAAGAUUUUGGAUAGAACACAGGAUUCUCUUUCUGAAGUUGUGAAGAAGCUCAAUUAUCCUCAGAUGACUGAGUAUUCAAAUAAUGCUUCAUUUGGGAAUGAAGACUCAGCAGACAGUGAUGAUAGUGAUAGUGAUAGUUCAGAGUCAGAUUCCUGUGCUCAGUCCAAUAAACAGUUUUCUAGUGCACAGUGUGACGAUGAUUCAUUUGAUAUUGUAUUUGAGAAUUCGGUGGUUAAAGGUGGUGUAAGUACAAAUAAUCUUAAGAAAGAAAAUAUUUCUGAAAAUACCUGUGAUAAUACUAAAGAUUGUUUAUCAGUUAGUGAACCUCGUGCAAGUGGAAGACAAGUGUCCGAUCUUCCAUUAGAUGAUAGUCAGUCUGUAGCUUUUAUGGAGCCUAUUUGUGUUCCUCAUAGUGGGAAUAGUUUAUCUGUUCAUAGCUCACAAAACAGUUCUUCUGCAUACUCUAGUCAGAAAAAUAAUGACCAAGAUGACAAGAGUCCAGAUUUAUUUAUUAGUGAUAACAAUGCAAAGAGACGACGUGUGCAAAGUCAACCAACGCCAUGUGGUCGUACUUCUGUUGAUGAACGACCACGCACAUUAAGUCUUGGUAUUACAGUUGAAGAUACAGCUUCAAAAGUUAAGGUUGAAAAUCAGCCUCGUCCCAAAACUUUCCUUUAUAUUCAAAUGGAACUGUGCCAAAAGGAGAGUUUAAAAGAUUGGCUCUUGAAAAACUGUGAGUCUCGACAGGAAAAAAUCAUUUAUAGUAUGUUUAAUGAUAUUGUACGUGCUGUGGAAUAUGUACAUGAUAAUCAAAUGAUGCAUCGUGAUCUUAAGCCCUCCAAUAUCUUCUUUUCAUUGGAUGGUGAAAUAAAAAUAGGAGACUUUGGCCUUGUGACAACUAUCACUGAGGGUGAACAAGAAAUCCGAACUCCGGCAGAUGGCAAUCCUUCGUUAUUUUCUGAACAUCUUCAUACCCACAGGGUGGGAACGCAGUUGUACAUGAGUCCUGAACAGGUGAACAACCUAGUAUAUGACUACAAAGUGGACAUCUACUCUUUGGGACUCAUUUUCUUUGAGAUGUUAGUACCAUUUUCAACUGGGAUGGAACGACUGUCUGUUAUGUCUAAUCUAAGGGAAGGCAAGUUCCCAGAUGGGUUUUGUGACAAAUACCCUGAUGAGACUGAGCUGUUGAAACUCAUGUUAUCUACAAAUCCUGCCAAUCGGCCCACAACUAGGGGUAUUCGAGCCAGGAAUCCCUUGCGUCCUCUUCAGGGCUCGGCUGUAGACGACAUUCUCCCAGAAGAUCACUUCCGUCUUAAUCGUCAGCGUUCGCAUACUCGCUCUCACUCAGGGUCCUCCUUCUCGUUCACAUCAUCAUCAUCAGCGUGAUCAUGAGAUAUGGUUCAUUCUGUUUUAUAACAAUAGCAGUUUUACAUAAUGUAUAAUUACAAGUGUGUACUUUAUAAAAGUAAUUAAUGAUUUAUGGAUCGGGAAAUUCCAGAAACGAGAAGUCCUAUCAGUCAUUAUUUACUAUAUUAGUAUCAAAGUUUAAUGCUGACUAUAACAGCCAUUUUAAAAAUGGGUGAUCUAAAAGCAAAUCUCUAAAAUCACCAUUUUAACUAAAACCCAUUCUGAUUUAGAUUUAAUUUUGUUAAACUUUCGUUGUUCCUUGUUUCAAACAUUUCAGUUUCCAGUUACAGUAUGAAAUUAGAUGAAGAUGCCACUUUCUAAUAGUUUGAAAACUUAAGACUGAGAUUCUGAAAGGCGUAUCAGUACAUUGAGAGUAACUUUAAUUUAACCAACUUUAAUGAAAGGCUUAUCAGGACAUAUUGAGAGUAACUUUAAUUUAACCAAAGAUAACUUUCUUAGGGUCAGAAUGGGAGGAAAUGGUAUACUUGGACUUUCUUAGGGUCAGAAUGAGAGGAAUGGUAUACUUGUGGUACCACAUUAAGUACAUUCAGGAUACAGUUCAUAGUCAGAGUUGGCAAAUUGACAGUGGAAUUCCGGUGAGGGUAAGGUGUACAGUAAGAGCAAAUUCUUGAGGUAAUGUAGUAGGAACAGUCUCACUGUGUUGAAGUGGGGUUGAACAAAGGGACGAAUUGUAGUGAAGGUUGAAUAGUGUAGCAGAUUGGAUAGUCAUCCAGUAUUUCUUAAGGAAAAUGUGUAAUAAUGGAUCCAAUGGGAUCAAUUUUUGUGCUUCUUGUAGAGGUGAUUUAUUGUGUGAUUUAACACGUUUAUUGUGUGAUUGAAUAGAUGGAGAGAUUUUGUUCAAAAGUAUUUGCAUGUAAGAUUGUGAAAUACAACUUUUCAUAGCAUACUUUUGAUAUUUGUGGGUAACAUUCUUAAAGUGUGUCCCUCAAGUAAAAGUGUGACAUUUGUACCUUUUCUUAAUACCUUCCCUGUAAGAUCUACAGAUUCUUUUCAGGUUUAAUUUUUAGUACCUAUCCAUAUUCAUUUGAAUUAAUGGCUAUAAGUCAUUGAGCAGUGUGAGAGAGUGAGUAAUGGUUAGGUUUAAGCUAAUCAUUCUGCUUUUUCUGUCUGAUUAUGUAUUAUUUUUAAGCUUUUCCAAUGUACUUUCUUUCAGAGGAUAAACUUUGUAUGUACAUUAAAUUUCCAUUUAUGGCUCAAGUAUUAUAAAAUAUGCAUGACUUUUGUUGGUGCAUUCUUAUUUCUUAGGACUUCAGUGCUCCAUCUACACAAUAUUCUGAAUACAAUUCUCUCUUUAGAUUGUUGGGCAGGAAUUGGAUUGU